AUGGAGUCUUUUUCUACAAGGCGAAAAAUGGUUCACGCACGCCAAGAAAAUGCCCAUCUGGCCAUGCAGGAUGUUCAACUCAUGAGUGAGCUGGAUUCUACUCCUUAUGAAUUUCUAUCUGCCAGUUCUCAGGAUCACCUGCGAUGCUCCAUGGUAGGAUCUGCCAACAGUAUAUCAGUUUUGAAUGAACAGAUAUGUCACCUUCAAGCUGAGGUGGAGACAAAAACUACAGAAUUAAAGGCAGCAAAGCUGAGGGCCGAGCGUUGCCAGGAGGAAGCGGCUGAAAGUGAGAUCAUGAUCACAACUUUGACUGAGGAACUAAGCGAUCUCCGAGAGGAGCUGGCCAUUAAGACCAGCGUGAGCAAAAGGGCAGAACAACAAAGAAACCAAGCUUUGGAGAAUGCCGAAAAACUCAAAGAAGCUUUCAAGGAGUACAAGGCCAACGUUGCUAUUAAAUUUCAAAAGGUGAUGGAGAAUGAGGUCAAAUUAAAAGAAAGUCUGACUGAUUGUAAUCGAGAAAAAGAAGAGUUGCAACUAAAGUGUGCUGACCUGGAGCGAGAGAAGGCUGAUAAGAGUUAUACAAUCAGCCAAUUAAAGGAGGAAGUAAGGCAGAGUAAGAUCACUGCUGCUGAGCAUUUGGACCUUCGAGCCCAGCUUGAUGAUGCCGGGCGUCGGAGCGCAGACCUCCGCAGGCAGCUGACAGAGCGUAGCGAUGAAAGCAGGCAACUGGUUUCACUGCGCCAACAACUGGAAGAUUUGCGAACCCUGACCAAGAACCAGGAGCUGAGCCUCGACCACAGCCGCAAAAUAGCUCUGCAAAGCCAAACAGAGACCGCUAGCCUUGAGGGAAUAUUAGCACUGCUGCAUCUCAGAGAGGAUGCAGUUGGACAAUUGUGUGCCAAGCCUUGCAUGCUGCCUCCGGUGGAUUAUUCAAGAACUGCACAUAUAAUUCAACUUAAACCCGGUGAAGGUUAUCAGCAUCUCUUACAAGUUCUUCAAGUGAAGGAGGCCGAAGUGACAAAACAGAGCCGCCUAGUCGAGAAACUCCAGGACCGCGUGAGCCGAGGCCAAGAAGAGAUUCUGUCCCUGCGUGCCUCCUUGUCCCAAAAAGCUUCCAACUACCAGAACCUCCAAACGGAGCUGAUGGACAAGGCCAACCACGUCACAGCCUCGGAGAAAGAACUAAAAAGGAAGAGCGCUCGAGUGGCUGCGCUGGAAAAACAGUUACAGGAGAAAACUUCAGCCUACAGUCAGGCUGCAUUGAAGAAUACAGAGCUGGAAAAGCAGCUACAGGAGAAGAACAUCACUCUUCAGCACUACCAAACACUGAUGAAUAAAAAGCAAAGAAAGUACCAGCAAUCAUUGGAGAAGACAAAACAAUCACAGAGUCAGCAAUGCACUGAGCAAAUGCACCGACUAGACGUGCUGCAGUCGUCUUUGGAGGAGGCUCAUUCUCGAGUGUUAGAAAUGGAGAAAGAGCUGAGCUCUCUCCAGAGAGAAAGAGACGAAGCUCAGGCUGCCUGUUUGAAGCUUCGGACCUCGGUUGAACAACUCACACAGGAGAAACAAAUUGAAGCGAGACACCAUGAGGAAUUGCUCCAGAGUUUAAAAGAGCAAGCCGCUGAGGCUGCCACCAAGGAGCAUGAGCACCAGUCGACUCUCUCCGCCUGCCGAGAGGAGCUGACUUGGCAUCUUCAGCAGAUGGAGGAGAUGAAGAAGAGCUAUGAGUCUGAGCUACAGAGAUUCAAAGACAAGGUGUGUUCCCUGCAGGAAACGCUAAACGGUGUCACUCGCGUGGCUCAGAGCUCCAGUGAGCAAAACCUACAGCUUCAGCUUUCACUACAACAGCAGCAGACGAUGCUGAUUGAGGGCACAGCCCGCAUCGCUGAACUAGAGGAGAACCAAAGUCAACUGCAAAAACAAGUGUCUAAUCUGGAGCUUCAGCUCGAGCGAUCUCGGACGUCUCUGCUGGGUGAGGCGAGGACCAAUGAGGAAAAAGACAAGAGCCUACGUGAUGUGAAUGACAAGAACAUCAAACUGUCUGCGAUGCUCAACCAAGCGACAACUGAUCUGAAAAAUUACCAAGUGGAACUCAUGUCGAAGGAGUCGGAGUUACAGAAUUUGCGGAAGGAUGUCAACAUCAAGACAUCUCAGAUCAGCAUCUUGGAUGAGAAUCUGCAGCAAACAAGGAGCAUGUUGGAAAGCAAAAAUGAUUUAGUAGUUGACCUCGAAGAGAAGCUCCACCGCUGCGAGGCAGACAAGCAUAACAGCGUCCAGAAGGUCCAACUCCUCGAGGAACAACUGCAGACGGUGCAGGAGGAGCUAGCCGAGACAUUAGCUCAACUCCGCUUGCUCAACGACGUCCUGCAGAGGACUCAAAGCAUCGCCGACGAACGACAAGUGGAGGUGGAAAAACUGAGCAUACGUCUUAGUGAGACCCAGCGGGAGUUGGAAGACAGGACUCAUGAGGUAUUAGACAUGGACAUUGCCCUGAAGGAAAGACAGGGAGAGCUCCAGCAGAGAGCAGCACUGCUGGGACAGCUGAACGUGGCCGUCCAAGAACACAAGCAGGACAUGGAGAAUAAGGUGAAGACCUUGGAGCAGAGUCUGGAAGCCAAAGAGGAAGAGCGAAGAAAAGCGCAAGAGGAGCUCUGCAAAACAAAGGACACCCAUCGACAAAGACUUGAGACAUUAUCACAGGAACUAGAAGAAGCUCGAUGUCACUGCAAAGCCCUCUCCAUGCAACUUGACGCCAUCAAACUCCAGGAGGAUGAACUGGGGGCAAAGCUGCACCGUGCAGAGGAGGAGCUGCUUCUGAAGGACACAUGCUGGCAGGAGUCAGAGGCCCGGUUGCGGAACGCAGUCACUUCUUUGGAGCUGGAGUUGAAGGUUGAACGAGAGCAACACAACAAGGAGCUGGAGUCUCUGCAGCAGAACCGAGGUCAGCUCCUCAAAGUGUCCUCAUACAUGUCAUCGACGCAAGAGAAGCUCACUUCCAAAGUCCAGCAGCAGGAGAUCCAGCUAGAGCAAACUAAGGUGGAGCUUGACCGUUCCAAGGCCCAAGCCAGUCAUCUCCAGAGUCAGAUGGAGCAGAGCCACAGCAGGCUCCUGCAGACUCAAACUCAUUUAGAGAAAGUGAAGGCUCUGAAUGAUGAGCUCCAAAUUCAGUUGAAAGAAGCCAAAGACCAACUUGCUAGGCUCCAUACUCCGCUCGGUUUUUCUCAGAGGUCCAUUGAGAACUUCAGUGAGUCUAUCAAGACAAAUCCAGAGACCAUCAUCUCUCCAGCUCACGACACUUCCCUCCCCUCGCCUGCAUCCGACACGGGCCUGGAGCGCCUGCUUCAGAGCUGUCGCGACGAUCUAUCCCUCGACCUCCCUCCAAGCCUCAAAGCCACGAUGAAGGAUGCGCUGAGUCAGCAGCCGCGGGACUCGUCCCCCUCGGAUGCGAUUGACCACAGCUGGCGGGGACUCGGCAGCACUGAGCCUCCAUCCAGCUGCGAGGUCUCCUUCGACCCUCUCACCUACAUGGCUGGCGAUGACAACUCCAGUGUGGAGCGUACCGUGAUCGAGGGGGGAGACGAUGAUCGGGUGAGCUCAUUAAAAGGACUGCUGCAGUUUGUUAAUCAGACUUUAGCCAAUCAGGAAGAUCUGUCCUCGUGGAGCUCCCUGGGGUCAUCGCAGAGUGGACGCGACCUCCAGAUGGACGCCAGGGAGGCGUGA